CUUCCUCUCCUCCUCCUACUUCUCCUUCUCCUCCUCCUCCUUCUCCCUGCCUCCUAUUCCUUCCCUUCCCCUGCCAGGCCAUGGCUUGGACCAAGUACCAGUUGUUCCUGGCCGGCCUUAUGCUCAUCACCGGCUCCAUCAACACGCUGUCUGCCAAAUGGGCUGACAACUUUUCGGCCAAGGGCUGUGGAGGGAGCAAGGAGCACAACUUUCAGCAUCCUUUCCUUCAGGCGGUAGGCAUGUUCCUGGGGGAGUUCUCCUGCCUGGUGGCCUUCUACCUCAUGCGGUGCCGGGCUCGGCAGCGGGUGGACCCCGGCACAGAGCCCCCCCGGCCCUUCAACGCCCUGCUCUUCUUGCCGCCGGCUCUCUGUGACAUGACGGGAACCAGCAUCAUGUAUGUGGCCCUGAACAUGACGAGUGCCUCCAGUUUCCAGAUGUUGCGGGGAGCCGUGAUCAUCUUCACGGGGUUGCUGUCUGUGGCCUUCUUGGGACGGAAAUUAGUGCUGAGCCAGUGGCUGGGUAUCUUCACCACCAUCGCGGGGCUGGUGGUGGUGGGCAUGGCAGACCUGCUUAGCAAACACGACGACCAGCACAAACUCAGUGAAGUCAUCACGGGGGACCUUCUGAUCAUCAUGGCCCAGGUGAUUGUCUCCAUCCAGAUGGUGCUGGAAGAGAAGUUUGUCUACAAGCAUGAUGUACACCCGUUGAGGGCCGUGGGCACAGAAGGAUUCUUUGGCUUUGUGAUCCUCUCUCUGCUCCUGGUGCCGAUGUACUACAUCCCCGCGGGGGCUUUCAGCGGGAACCCCCGAGGUGUGCUAGAAGAUGCCCUGGAUGCCUUCUGCCAGGUGGGCUGGCAGCCGCUCAUCACCCUGGCCCUGCUGGGCAACAUCAGCAGCAUCGCCUUCUUCAAUUUUGCCGGCAUCAGCGUCACCAAGGAGCUGAGCGCCACCACCCGCAUGGUCCUGGACAGUCUGCGCACGGUGGUCAUCUGGGCUCUGAGCCUGGCCCUGGGCUGGGAGACCUUCCAUGGGCUGCAGGUGCUGGGAUUCCUCGUGCUCUUGACAGGCACCGCUCUCUACAACGGGCUGCACAGGCCCCUGCUGGCCCGAGGCCAACUGAGUUCGGAGGAGAGUGAGCGGGAGAGCCUGCUCUCUGGCAACCCUGCCCCCAUUAAUGACACCAACUGAGUUGUCCGCCAACCCGUAGGACUCGGCCGUAGACUGAACCCCUCGCUCCAGAGUGUCUCCUCCACCACUCCUCCACUCUAAAGAUGAAGAGGACCCGGGUCCCUGAUCCCAGCAACCUGCUGGAUCUCAGCUUUGUUCUGUUUCCUGCCUCAUUGCUUUCCCCUUGGAGUUGGCCCCCGCCUUAGCUGUCUUCUUUCACUGACCCUGCCCAUUCCUCACCGCUGCCUGGGCCCUAAUUGCGGAGAGCCACUCCACCCUGUCCCCUCAGCCGAUGUCACCCACCCAGGGACCCUACCUCUAUCCCCUUCUCCUGGGACACAAAUCACCAGUCUCCUCGACCUGGGUAAUGUGGUAAAGGCCGAGUGCAUCAGGCCUAGGAAGAGGCCUGUGGCUCCCUCCAUCUCUCCACGACCCCAUCCCUUCCUUCUGCUUUCUGAGGAAUCCACAGUCACCUGGAAGAGAAAGCUUGGCUUGGCCCACUGCAUAGUGCCAGCAGGGGAACUAUGGGCCUCUGCCAUGCCCAUGUCCAGAUGGGCAGCCAGUCCUUCUUAGCCCUGGCCCCGGGCCCCGGGCCCCAUCUAUUUGUGGACUCCAGGACACCAUAAGCAAUCUAAAACCAUCAAACAACUAAAGACUGAAUCAACCCAUCAGAUGUUAAAUCAUCAGCACACUAAGAAUCAACUGAAUCCACUAUCAGUUUGUCUUCCUUGCACAAAAGCCGCAUUUUGUUUUUUCUCAGCAUUUGAUUUGGUCAACUGACCUCCGAUGUUUGACAUGGUUGACAAAAUGAUCUAGGGAAUGCUUGACCUUGUAGUAGUUUGACUUUUGAACAAUUUACUCCCAGAUGCCAGGAGCCUGGGUUUGUGCUGCCCUCCUGGAGAAAAAUGCUCAGAACCACUCCACUCUCUAGGUUGGAGAAGGGUAGGACCUCGAGGGGGUGAGCAAUGACACUAAGAAAGAGUGGGCACCGCCCUCAUUCACCAUGUGCCCCGAUUGCUCGGAGUUCAGUGUGACGGAAGCCAUUGUCGUCUAGGAAGGAAGGAAGAAGGAGCCCUCAUCCCUGUCCGUGGAGUGGCUUUCACACCCUACCGUGGUCAAGACUCCGGAAGCUCUCCCUCCUCUCUCUUGCCCAUCCGGCUCCUCAGGACAGUCCCUGCCCUCGACCCUUUUACCUCAUCGGCAGGAUCGAGAGCCAUCUGGGGAGCACGAGGCCGCCGCUCUUCCGAUGAGAAGCAUGACUGGUGCUUGCACUCAAUCUGGAUUGUGCCCUGGCCCGUGGUCCUGCCCAGGCCAGUUCUAUCCCCUUUGUGGCUGCCUGUGUUGGGGGAGGGGGUGGGGGAAGUGUUGGGGAGGGGAAUUGCAAGCCUCCAUGGUCUUGGAAAGAUUCUUUUUUGUAAAAAACGUAAAAGUUUUGGAUCACA